CUUCUUCUUCUUCUUCUUCUUCUUCUCCCUCAACUUCUACACGAGACAAACACACAUCCCAAAUCUAUCAAAAUGGCCGGUGCUCACCAAGCUUGCCCCUCCUGCGGCGCUGCCAUCCCUGGCGAGACUAAGACUUGUGGAUCUUGCGGAAAGGUAUCCUGGAUGUUCGCUGAUUACAAUAUUCUUAUGAUAGACCUGCCCUGUUUAAACUCGCUUCGCUUCGAUUCGGAGAUGAUAUCUGGCGUUUGGGGGUUGUGUGCGCGAGGAUGUGAUAAGUAG